AUGCUACACUACCUUGGCUAUCUCAUCACAAUCAUAACAACUGUAUCUGCUGUUAUCUUACCCAUUGCUGCAACAUCUGCAGUUUCAGUAUCUGAAUCUUUUAUCUCUGUUACUCCUCAUCAGCAAUUCUCAAGCUCGAUAGGGGUCUUGGGAUGUAUGAUCGAUACAAAUCGUGUUGCAUACUGGCCAUCGUCUCCCGACUGCGGUGCCACAAUGUGUGUUAGAGUAUCUUAUAAUAGUCGAUCCGUGAACCUUCUUCAUAUCGAUCGGUCCGGCGGGGCUUACGAUAUAUCUUAUGAUGCAUGGAACUAUCUUUAUACCGGAAAGUCCGCCACUCAAGAUCCUCAAUAUGGUGGAGGUAUUGCUGCAACCUAUACUAUCUUGCCUAUUUCAGAAUGCACAAAUCUCAUCACUUCUCCAGACAAGAAGCUCCCUCUUACUGCAGCGAAUUCCAUGGACUACGUUGCAAACUGCCUUGUCCAAAAUACCUCAUGGGUCGCAUCUAAUUAUGGAUUAUGGAAUAUUGCGACGUCAGCAUGCACAUAUGGGAUCGACGAGGAAUUUUUUGAUAUUGAAUAUGGGACGGGAAAGAAGAUUUUGGCUACUAUACCUGAUCACCUUGAUCAAUUUGGUCAAUUUGGUCAAUUUGGUCGAUUUGGUCAAUUUGGUCAAUUUGGUCAAUUUGGUCAAUUUGGUCAAUUUGGUCAAUUCAUUUGGUCAAUCUGA